AUUUUUUAAACUUAAUUUUGGAAGUUAAUUUUAAGAUGUUUUUAGCGUAGUUUUUUAAUGGUUUAAUUGGAUCUACGCCAUUAUAAAUUUGUCUAUUCAAAAAAUGUCAUUGCAAUUCUUAUAUUCGUAGCCGUACCACUAAAAUUUUACAAAAUUAGAACCGUUACACUGUCGUUGCAUUUUCCGUCUAUCGCCUUCAUUUUCCGUAUUCUUCCUUCUUUCUCUCAUCUUCUUCCGGAGUCAAGCUAGUGAAGCAAUCCUCAGAAUGCGGUGGUUUCUUGCCGCGAUGUGUCGAUCAAUCUUCUGUUACUCGUUCACGAUGACCUCGAAGUCCAUGGCCAGCUUGGAGCAGGAGGCCACCGACUCGUCUGAAUCAGGAGCCCGGCGCGGUGGCGACAUGCUGGCCACCGUGCAGGAGAGCAUGCAGUCCUUCCUCGGUGCUGUCCGCGACAAGAUCACCGGGCCUAGCAGCGGCGGCGCAUCUGCAAAAGCAAAGGGCUUCGCGGCGGACAAGACGGAGGGCAUGUUGUGCGCGCUCGCCGGCUUGGCGACGGCGAGGAAAGGCGAGAGGAGCGAGUCCACGUGGCAGCAAGGAGAUGACGCACGGCGGUGUGGCGCAGAGAAGGCUGAGGAGGCGCGGGGACAAAGCGCGCAUCACGAGCCGUCGUCAAAGGAGAAGGGGGGUCCUGGAAGACACGCUGGCCUCCAUGUUGCAGAGCAGGUCUUGCAAGACACCCUGCACCACCUCUUGCGCCGGCGGCGGCGCCGACUGCAGCACGUCGGCCUCCAUGUCGCGGAGCAGGUCCUGAAAGCUCAUCACGUCGCAUGCUGCGUCGCCAAUCCUUGGAGCUCGGAGGAGAAGAGGGAGCUCUCAUACAAGGGGUUCGGAGAGGGAGCACUCAUUGGAGUCGAAACCGAGCACCCCCCACGGCAUGCGCCGCCGCCACCCUGCCUCUUGACCCCGCCUGCCCGUACGCCGCGAAGACCCGUGUCGCCUUCUCCUCCCAGCGCUGGAUCCACGCCACGCACGCCACCUUCCCCUCGCCGCCGUCGCCUGCCAUGGUUGAGUUUGUUCACCUCGCCAGUGAGCUCGCUCGCUUUCCUCCUCCAAGCUCCAAGGAUUCCGAGGACUGGUUCGCUGGCUUGACUUCGGGAAGAAGAUGGGAGAAAGAAGAAAGAAGACGGAAAAGGAAGGAGAUGGAUGGAAAACGUGGCGGUGACACGGUUCUAAUUUUGUAAAAUUCCAAUGGCACGACUACGAAUAUACGAAUUAUAAUGUUAUUUUUUUAAUAGGCAAAUUUACAAUGGUAUGGAUCCAAUUAAUUUUUUUA